AUCCCUGUCAUUACGUCUGGCAGCUUUUUCACUAAAGCUCAAACUAAAUGCCUCAAAGUGCCACAUCCUCAUGUGGAAAGCAGUCGGGCAGCAGCACUUUCACUCGCCGCUACCGCACACGAGCCCUCACCUCUCAUGUGGAUGAGACCCUCUUUGGGACACCAAAACAGCAUUCUGCUGGUGAUAUGAAAGACGAUCCUGAAGGCGGAAGCGUGAGAUUGAGGACACGCUCUGCUCCUGCACCCAAAGAGCCAAAUUUAGAGACAGUGCGCAUCAUCACUAAAGACCUUAUCAGGGACCUCAGAAUCCCAAAUGAGGACCCAUCUGGGCAGUCUGUCAUCCUGUCCACAGCUGAGUUCAGGCGAAUCCUGGUGGAGUCUCAUGUUCCUAGUGAAGAGGAGGAGGCAGCUGUGCUACAGGUCCAACGCCAAGCCCGUGAGGAAGCCAUGGAUUCUGCAGAGCAGAGAAAAGCACAGAUGCGUCAGGCGGACCUAUCUCGGCAGAAGAACCAGAACCUCAGUGAACUCGAGGCAGAGGCAAGAGACCGGGCUCAGUACCUGUUGGAACGGGCGAACGCCCUGAGAAUGGAACAAGAGGAUGAAGUCAAGAAGCUCAAUGAGUUAAUUCAGGAAGUGCAGUGCCAUGUUGUCCGGGAUGCACAAAUUCAGGAGAAGAAACAGAACCAUGCAGAGUGGCAGGAGGAAGAGAAGAGACUGGAUGCCAUGAUGGAGGUGGAUUGUCGCCGGGCCUUAGAAACCCGGGAACAAAUUGAACAGCUACUAAAGCAGCAAAGGAUUAAUGGGAAGUUGUGCAUCCUGGAUCAGAUUCAGAUGUGUCUGGAGGAGAAAAUGCUACAGAAUGAGUUGAAGGAGCAGGAGGGUCAGCAGUUGUUGGAAACCAUGGAGAGGAUGCAGAUGGAGGAGCUCAAGGCCAUUGAAAGAAAGAAGGAGGAGCAGAGGAAUUUGCUUCAAGAGAUUCAGAAGAUAAAUGAAGAGAAUUUGCUUGCUAAAGAGCAGAAAAAGGAAGAAGAGAAAUUAGCAGAUCUGCGAGCUGUAGAGUAUACACGUAAGAAAUUGGAACGAGAGGCAGAGUAUGAAGCUGAGCAGAUACAAAUCAAGAAAGACAAAGAGAAGGAAGUGGCGCGACUGAGAGUUCUUCAAGAAAGGGACAGAGACCAUAAAGCUGAGCAGGAUGAGAUCAGAGCACGGAGGAACCAAGAAGCGGCUGCAAGGGAAUGGAGAAGAAAAGAAAAAGAGCAGACUCUAAGAAAGCUGGAAGUAGAAGAGAAGCUGAAGGCUGCUCGUUUGGAGCAAGUCACUCACAAGGAGCACUUGCUGUCCAUUGAAGCUGGACGAGAGAGAGCAGAGUUUGAGAGGGUCCUGAGAUUUGAGAGCAUCGAGAAGGGAAUGAUUGUCUGUUAUACACACAAUGGGCAAGUUGUUGCAUGA